AUGGAGUCAUCCAGGGUUUUGUUCGUCCUGCUAGCAGUGGUGGUGAUGGCCACAGCCAUUACUACUGCAGCCCCAGAUUUCCAUUAUGUCCACAAAACCAGCCGGUUUCUCGACGAAACCCCAACGCGCAGGCCUCCUCCCAUGACAUGUGACAAGGACCAUAAGGUUUGUGCCGCCGGUACUCUCUGUUGCGGCAAACGGUGUGUGAACCUAAUGGCGGAUAAGUUCAACUGUGGGAAGUGUGGAAAGAGUUGUGGGUACCCGGAAAUAUGCUGCAAAGGAGUGUGCGUGAACCCAAAUGUGAACAACAAGCACUGUGGCCGUUGCAACAACGAGUGUGAGAAGGGAAGCUCAUGUGCUUAUGGGAUGUGCAGCUAUGGUUAA